UACAAAUUUCAUUGAACCGAUCGUUUUAUUGCUAUAGCUGAAUUAACUCGAUCAUAUUACGAUUUUUACUAAAUAUAUGAAUUUUAAUGCUAGAUUCUGUUAGUUAUCAUCUGGUUCAUUACAACACUUAUCGUACAAGUACGGCGAUAAUACUAUGGUAUGACUGAAUUAAUGUAUUGUUAUUAUUUUUAAAUUAUAAAUAACUCUGGAAAUCGUAAAUUUAUUACAAAUCGCAGCAAUAGAUAUAGUGAACUUAUACUUAUACCACUUUAGUCGCUCACAUCGCGUAUUAAGUUGAACUGCUUCCUAUUGUGUUUUUCUUUUAGUGUACGUAAAAAUGUCCGUAGUAUUAAGAAAUGACAAUAAAAUAUUUUUAAUAGGGUCUUUGACUACUCAAAUUUUAGGUUCAAAACUUCCAUCCAUUGGACAAGUUCUAAAAGUUUUUUUUUAUAACCUAAGAAUUGUUAAUCUUACUAUAAGAGCAAAAGCAGUAUUGACUAUUCGCGAGUGUAAUAUUUUCUGGGAAAUGGACGAUUCCAUUUCAACCGAAAUAAAAAAAUUAAUGGUUGUAUCCCUUAAUAAUGAGUCAAUAAUAAACCCUAGUAAACGUUUUAUUCUUUCAUCGAGUCAUAUUGACAAAUCAUUUUCAGAAAAAACUGUAGCUUCUUUUUUGUCAAAAAGCAGUAUGAAAUUUUUUAAACGAUUCGAUAUCAAUACUAAUUUUUUAAAUUUGGAUCCAAGUAAUUGGAAUACUGAUAAUUUUUAUUUACACGGAAAAGAAAUUGUAUGUUCACUUAAAGUAGUAAAUGACUCUGCAGAUAAAGCGGUUAAGGUAAUGGAAGAUUUUCAUGAAAGUUUAACUGUAAACGAUGAAAAAGCUGAGUUACUUUUACACUGUGUGUUCAAGAGCAUAGAAUAUUAUAUCCUAAUUGCAACAAAAAAACAUUAAAACAUAGUUUUUAAUGUAUAUUUUUGUUAUAAUUUGUGAAUUAUUUUGAAUUUAACAUUUUGUAUUUUAUAUAGUAACUUUUUUUUAAUUUAUACAAUAAUAUUGAGAAGUAAGUAUCAUUAUGAGUUUAAGUCAAACAAAUACAUCACUUUACAAUAUAAAGGAAAUAUAUUUAAAUUAAGCAAUAAAAUUCAUAUAUUUAGUAAAAAUCGUAAUAUGAUCGAGUUAAUUCAGCUAUAGCAAUAAAACGAUCGGUUCAAUGAAAUUUGUACUUAAUACUUUUAUUUCGUAAAAUUUAAUUUUAAACAAUUUUUGUAUGAAACAUUAGGUCGUAUCACAUAUGGUUCGUCAUAUAUGAUAAAAUAUUCGUAAAUAUGCUAA